UCUAUUGACGGAUGUAGUCUAGUGAUGUCCGUCGAGGCAGACUCUCAAGAUUUCGUGCAAGAUGCGAAAGAUCGCCAGGCUCUAAACGAUGCAUUGGAUAUCAAAGAGAAAGAGUUGACAGCAGCUAGGAGCCGCAAUUACGAUCUUACAAAAGAAAUCGAAGCUCUGCGAGAACAAGUUGCAAAGCUUCAAGAACAGAAAAUAAGAAGACAGAAGCCAAAGUUUAGGGCAAAGGGGAAGCAAAAAAAGAAUAUUCAGUCACCUGCUAUAAUUGAUGAAGAAGGAGCAGGAAGUCAGAACAAAGUUGCAGAACAGGAUCCUGAACAGUUUUAUGCAGUGAUUGCUGCACGUUUUCCUCAACUGUACAUAUCCAGUGUUGUUGAGGCUGAGAAGAAAUUUGCUGAGGCUGAUCUGAAUGGUGAUGGGACUAUUGAUUGUCAGGAACUGGAGGCAAUUCUUGACAAGAGUGGGUGUCUGUUUACCUCAGUACAAGUGAAGGAAAUCCUGUCAUCAAUAGACAUUGAUCACAAUGAGUCAAUUGACUUACUUGAGUGCCUGGAGGUAUUGUAUAGAUUACAAGGCAACAGAACAACCAAAGUCCCGCAGCACCUGGCUCAGAGAGGAAGCAGUAUGUGUAGUCUGCAAUGAGACGACCGCUAGCCCUGCUGCUGGUGUACCCAGUAGUACAGAAACUGUCCAGA